AUGACCAUUAACACGCUUACUGCCGGUGUCGCCGUCACUCCCACUGUCAUAAAGACAUGCAUAUCUCAUUAUGCCAACCGGAAGCCCCGUCGCCAGAAACCAACUGCGCACAUCUCCUACGAUGAAGGCCUGCAUUUAAUGCGAACCUUUCUCCUGUUUGCCUCACAUCAUACAGUGGAAGACAUACAGUCCUUUACUGCUCAAUGGGUCCCUAGUCCGUCUUGGGUAAGGACCGAGAGCGUCACGAUCACGACCGACCAUGUCUCCAAGGCUGCGAAGACGAUCACGGCCCAACUGGGCCCAACGGGAGUUGAAGAAGUCGGCGGGACGCAGUGGUGGCAAUGGAGACCCAGGGGAGCCGAACUGAAAGCGGAGUGGGUUGAGAUGCGUGCACACUACAACGAGCACAAAAGACAAGGCACAAAAAGUAGGAGGAUCAUGCUCUACGUCCACGGAGGAGCAUACUUUUUCGGCAGUGUCGAUGUCCACCGGUACCAGCUCCAGAGACAUGCUCGAAAGCUCAAGGCCCGCGUAUUCGCCCCAAGGUACAGGUUGGCACCGCAGUUUCCUUUUCCCUGCGGGCUGCAGGACUGCCUUGCCGCGUAUUUCUAUCUGCUUAGUAUACAUGACCCUUCUGAGAUCAUUCUGGCGGGUGACUCCGCCGGCGGAGGCAUGGUGGUCUCAAUGCUCUGCAUUCUACGUGACCAGGGACUCCCCUUACCUGCUGGUGCGGUCCUCAUCUCUCCAUGGGUGGACCUCACGCAUUCUUUCCCAAGCCUGAGUGGCAGUGCAGAAUUUGACUAUAUACCACCCUGUGGCUUCAUGCAGAAACCUUCAACCUCAUGGCCCCCUCCCAACGACACGGAGCUAGCGACCAUCGGCAAAUUGGCCAAAGGCAAAGAUGCAUCCCCGAAAAACAAGGCAGACGAUCCAAGCACGUCAGUACCUAUUAAAGACGAUGGUGAUGUUGAGCCUGGUCACCAGUUGCCUCUGUCUAUGGAGCUGGAUGGAAAGCGAGUCGUCUUAAGAGAUCAGAUCCAGAUGUAUACCACCAACCAGUUAUUGGCUCAUCCCCUAGUGUCCCCGGUCUUGCAACCCUCUCUUGGAGGCCUUCCUCCAAUCCUGAUUCUGACCGGCGGCGGAGAGAUUCUGCGCGAUGAACAGAUCUAUCUUGCUCACAAGAUGGCAAAUCCGUCUCAAUAUCCCCUAGGCUCUAUUUACAAGGCAAGAUAUGAUCCAGAUGGUACCAUACUCACAAAAUACAAACCAACUCCAGUCCAAUUACAAGUAUGGGAAGAUCUGUGUCACGUUGCUCCAACCUUGUCGUUUACGCGCCCGGCCAAAUUCAUGUAUCGUUCAGUUGCACAGUUCGGGGCCUGGGUGCUGGCUAAGGCUCAGAAGCGAGCGAUCGAGAUCAUGGAUGACGACAAUAUCUCGAUUAUCUCCUCACAAUCAGAUAAUAAUUCUGCCCCCGAUACCGACGUCGACUCAUCGACUAAUAGCGCAGCAAAGGCGAAGUUGGACCUGAACAAGGCAACGGGAAGUGUGGGUCGAGCAGGAGACCCAAUUCCCCCUUUCGAGAACAACAUGAUUCGUCAACGGGUUGACCGUCACGGGAGGAUCUACCCUCUUGCUGAGCCACACGAACUGCCAGCGUUGCAAAUGGAUCCAGACCAGGUAGGAGUAGUCAAACCCGGUCCCGUAAGAAAAUGGCUUGCGGCCAAAAAGGUCUGGGACACAAAAUAUGCCGGAACGAGGAACAGGGUGCAGAAAGAAAGGGUAAAAGCUUUAUCCAGUGGAAAAAUAAAGGGCUUUGAGGCCGGCGAGCAUCCUCCGCCGUGCGCUCUCGCGGGCCGGCGGACAGACAAAGACCUUUUGGUCAAGAAGAAGAGGAAGAGUUACGGUCUUGCGAUGUGGAGUAUGUGGGGAAGCAAACAUGAUGAGUCGGCACUGAAGAGGGAGGAGGAGGCAGUUGAGAUGGAGGAGACGGAAGAGAAGCGCUUAGGAGAGCGCGAGGAUGGUGCGACGCCCGCUGCGGUCGAAGGCGAGCAAUCCUCGACACGUUGGCGUCGAAGCCACAGUGCGAGGCGGAGCAUGAGCGCAAAACGUCCGGCAAGCCAAUCGAAGACUCGAGGCAGGAAACGCACCAUCUCGGUCACGGACAGAGGUCAAGCUGAAGGUCGCAGUGUACCCCCGGUUGUGAUUCCAUCAGAGCCUGCGAGAUCCACAGAGCUACAGGAUGCGGCGAGGGACCAACAAUCGGCUCAAGACGGACACAUGGCUUCGCCUGAAUCGUCCCUGCUUUCAGCAGGCUUUAUCCCGAAGUUCAAGACGGCGGCACAUCUUCGUGAUGACAGUGGCGGACAACACACGCCCGUGAUGUCCGACGCCGCUAGCGCGAUGACUGGGCGUAGCGGGAUAAUGGCCGAUGAUGCUAGUACUCGUGCGGUGUUCGCCGUGCCAGGUAUUUCGAAGACCGUCGACUCACAGGAGGUGGAGAAGGCCAGGUCAUCAAGUCCAGCCACGAACACCAGACCGGGAAGCCCCUUGGUAAAUGAGGCAGGGAGCUUUGUGUCGGGGAGUGAAGAUUUCAACGAAGGUGUGGCAAGCAUAAAUCUAGGGUCUGAGCUGGGUGCCAUUACCAGGGGGAGAUCUCACGCUGCAGCUUACGGUAAUGAUACACCUCGAAGCCACCGCAGUCUGGAGCGGUUACAUGGCCACCAACGUGACGAGGGAAUGGGUCGACUGGCGCCACUGCGAAGUCCAAGUUCCACUGCCAUUGUCAAGGCAGAGGGCGUCGUUGGCGUGGUUGAUAAUACAGAGCAUGCUGAAAAGGAAGGAGUCGAAGACCAUGAGAGCAAAGAAGGCUUGAUAGAGAAAGAGAAGGAUAUGAACGGAUUGGUCAAUGAGGAGGAAGCGAACACGCAGGAAGAAUCAGAGGCAAGACAGGUUGACGGGGAUGCGACUGAGCGGCCCAAGAUGUAUGAGAGGACGGAAACGAAGUUCCAAACUGCGCUGGAGAGCCCUUCUUGA